AUGGAAGGAAGCGCGGGGCGAGCAUGCAGCGUUUCAUACAUGCUGCUCUUCCUUGCGGUGUCGCUCCUCCUCAGCACCGUGCCAGGCGCUGCGGGGCAUGCUGGCAGCGUAGCGCACUCAUGCGCGCAUGACCGCGUCGAGUCGCUCAUUGCACAACGGGAGCGCGACAGGCCUCCCGCGACGAGAGAGGUCGAGGCGUCCCUCAACGGCGUCCCCGCGGCCCCCGUCAAGGAGCGGCGCGCCCAGACCGCCCAGAGCGCGCCCCUCCGCGUCCACGUCGAGCACCAGACGUCGGGCCUCGCGGCAAGCGUCCAGCAGCUGCUCGAGACCCGCGUCAUCCCGUCCGCGAUCGCGGCCCUGCGGCGCGUCGUGGCGGUCCGCAGCCCCGUCGAGGGCAACCUGAAGCUCCAGCGCAAGUGCCGUACCACCAACGUCGGCGACGGCACGUGCCGCGAGGCGUUCCCGAUCGGCGACUGCGUGGUCGCGGCGCACAACGCGACCUUCUUCGGGGACUCCACGACCUGCGACGGCCUCGGCACGUGCACGACGCUGCAGGGCGGCCCCGGGGUCCCGAAUGCGGACUUUAUUUUGUACGUGACAUCGAGGAAUGACGACUUGGAAGGCAACACGCUGUGCUCGUCCGCCGCGACCGUCGCCGUCGGCGGCUGGUGCGAGCGCGACCUCGCGGGCAACGGCCGGCCGCUGUGCGGGUUCGCGAAUUACUGUCCGGGACAAGUUUCUACCAUUAGCAACAAUGUGGAGCAAACGAUCGACACGACGGUGCACGAGCUGCUCCACGGGCUCGCGAUGAGCCCCUCGCUCUUCGAGCACUUCGUGGACCCCGCGACUGGCCAGCCGCGCGGGCGGGCGGGCGUGGUCGCGGACCGCACUGUCGGGUCGGGGACGGUGUCCGCCAUCAUCACUCCGCGCGUGGUGCAGGAGGCACGCGAGCACUACGGGUGCGACCAGCUGGACGCGAUGGACCUGGAGAACUCGGGGGGCACCGGGACGGCGGGGUCGCACUGGGAGCAGACGCUCGCGCGCGGGGAGCUCAUGGCCGGCGUGACGACGGUGCACCGGCAGCUGCUGUCGCGGUUGACGGGGGCGUUGCUCGAGGACACGGGGUGGUACGCGGUUGAGUUCGACAACGUCCCGCGGAUAGCGUGGGGCCGCUUCAGGGGCUGCACGUUCCUGUCGCAGAGCUGCGGGGGCGGAAGCGCCGAGUUCUGCGACGCUUCAAAUACACAGGCACAGUGCGAGUUCGACGGACGAGGGUUCGGGUCCUGCACGGAGCUCUCGCUCGGCGCGCCCUGCGCGGCAGUGCAGCCCUUCACCAACCGGCAGUGCCAGGUCGCGUCCAACCUCGCCGCGUCCGACGUCGCCGUCGUCAUGGGCGCCGCGUACGGUCCCGGGGCGCGCUGCAUCCCGCGGUCUGGCACGUUCCAGCGCGUGGUUCAGCAGGGCGGCUCGAACGUGCGGUUCACGCUCGAGUACGACGGCGCGGAGUGCGUGAACGUCCGGUGCACGCGGACGUCGGGCACGCAGCCCUGGACGCUUCUUGUGUCGAUGCUCGGCACCGAGUUCACGUGUCCGGCCGGGAGCGUCGUGGAUCUCCAGUCGCUGAACCUCGGCUUCGAGAGCGGCACGUUCGGGCCGUGUCCGAACCCCGACGACGUGUGCAACUCGCUCAACUGCCCUGGGGACUGCAGCGGCAACGGGGUGUGCGUGGACGGCAAGUGCGGGUGCUUCGCGGGGAAGCGCGGGGACGACUGCUCGCUGGACGCGUGCAACGAGGUCUCCUGCGCGUCGGACGGGUUCUUCUCCUGCAGCCCGGUCUCGGGGAUCUGUUUGGCUGCGUCGACGCCAACGAACACCCCCGCGGCGGCGACGACGCUGCCGGCGGGGGGGUCCGCGACGGGGACGGUCCUCAUGGGCGUGGACUACGGUUCGCGCUGCCCCGUGUACGCGGACACCGACGGCGACGGCACUCUGGGGUUCACCGAGACGGAGGAGAGCGGGGCGCUGUCGGUGUCGAACCGCCAGACGGGCAGCUUCGACUUCACCAUCAACGACAGGACGCGUGCCGUGAGCACGGUGGCGAUGCCGUGCCCGAACGGCGUGGCGGCGGCGUCGUUCUGCACGCCUUGCGUGGGGGCGUUCUCCCGCACCUCCCCUACGUACCACCUCCGCGCCCCGCUGCCGAGCUCGGGCUCGACGCCGAUCGUUUCUCCGCUGACGACGCUCCUGGUCGCUAUCGCGGCGGGCCCGGGUUCCAACCCCACUGUGUCGGACACCGCCGCCGCCACACGCGUCGUGGCCUGCCUGGGGCUCGACAAGCCGCUGGGGAAGCUCGCACGGAGGUUCACAUUCGACAUUCUGCAAGCUGCGGGGCAGGACGUCAUCGCGCAGGCCGGCUCCGGCAACGCGCAAUACGAGUGGCAUGCCUGGGCCGAGGCAUCCGCCCACAACGCGAUCACGCUGAUCGCGCUGGCCCUCACGGACCCGCUCCGCUCGGACCAGGCCGGCGCGAUCGUCGUCAGCGCGUGGGCGGAGAUCUGCGCGCCGGCCUCGGGCUCCGCGGAGCUCACAUCCGACUCCGGCCUGACAGGCGUUGCCACCGCGGCGGCCAGCGCGGCGCGGCGCAUGGCGCAGGCGGCCCAGAAGACGCAGGGGAGCCGACAGCUCGCGGCGACGGCGGCGCAGACCUCGGCGGCGCAGCAAGCUGCGGUGGUUGCCGCACGUGCCGCGGCGCUGAACCAGCCUGACGAGGAGCGCGGGCAGACGGGGGAGGGCCUCCUGGACAGGCUCGCGCGGUGGUCCGUCGCGUCGACGCAGCAGUACAACCCGCUCGUGACGUCGACGGCGAGCGGGUCGUCGGACGGGUCGGCGCUGACCGCGGCGUCGACGUCGGCCGCGAUCGACGCUGCAGCCAACAGCACGGCGCUGCCGCAGGACGCCGAGCCGUUCCCGGCGCCGACGGCGACGACGCCGCCCGCGGCGCAGGCGGAGGGGGACUCGGACGCGGACCCGGAGUUGAAUGCGUUCGAGUCGUUCUUCGAGUCGUCAGUUACCCUGGGAGGACUGACGUUCUCCGGAGCGUCGCUGGGGGUGUCGACGCUGGCGCUGCUCGUCCUCGCCGCCGCGCUGGUGUGGGGCGUCCUCGGCCUGCUCGUGUCUCCGCGAGGCAAGUGGGUGGUGAUCAGUUGA